CCCCCCUCCCAAACAGCAACUGCCCGUUCUGCCCCUCUCGAGCGAAAAUGUCCUCGCUACACGCAACGCUGACCGACUCACUCUGCUGUCUCACCUUUCCGUUUUCGUCACCAUCAUCAUCAUCGUUAUCGUCGUUUUCUUCUCUCUGUUGUCCUUCCCCACGUUGCUCCAUCAGGGUCAAAAUGUCGUCUCCGUCGCUUCCCCCUCUCCCCGAGAAUGGCAUCGUCGUAGGUGUUGGUGGUUUGGGACUGGACUACUUGGCAGCCGUUGCCUCUUAUCCUAAGCCGGAUGACAAGAUAAGAAGCACAAGCUUGAAGGUUCAAGGGGGUGGGAAUGUGGGGAAUGCUUUAACCUGCGCAGCUCGUUUGGGCUUAUAUCCAAGGAUUAUUUCAAAGAUCGCGGAUGACACUCAUGGGAAAUAUUUACUGGAGGACCUAAAAGCUGAUGGUGUAGACACUUCUUUUCUUGUAGUUUCGAAGGAUGGCAAUUCACCAAUGUCCUAUGUCAUUGUUGACAGUCAAACGAAAACUCGUACUUGCAUACACACUCCUGGACAUCCUCCCAUGAUACCGGAAGACCUCUCACCGUCUAGCCUGUUUUUUGCCCUGGAAGGCGCUAGACUUGCCUAUUUUGAUGUAAGAUUGCCUGAGACAGCUUUGGUUGUCGCACGGGAGGCAGCUCGCAAGAAUAUACCUAUUUUAAUUGAUGCAGAAAGGAAAAGGGAAGGGUUGGAUGAUCUUCUGAAUCUGGCAAGUUAUGUUGUAUGCGCUGAAAAGUUUCCACAGGCAUGGACAGAGGAACUGUCUGUUCCAAGUGCUCUUGUUUCCAUGCUUUUGAGUUUGCCUAAUGUUAAAUUUGUGAUUGUAACCCUUGGUGGAGAUGGAUGCGUAAUGAUUGAGAGAAGUACAAAUCAGGAUCAAGACUCACAAGAAAUGGAUAUAGAUAUGUUACUAGACUCCCUGAAGCAGAGGAAGGAUGACAACACAGCCAUCCCAACAUGUUUAUCAUCACCAACAACAAAACUGAGUGCCAAUGGCAUAGGGACAGUGCACGGGAGGUUAUUUUUUGGAACAGCUGAGAGGAUACCACCCUCAGAACUUAUAGAUACAACUGGUGCUGGCGACGCAUUUGUCGGAGCUGUACUCUAUGCUGUUUGCACUGGCAUGCCACCAGAAAAGAUGUUGCCAUUUGCUGCUCAAGUGGCAGCUGCAGGAUGUAGAGCUUUGGGAGCUCGAACUGGCCUUCCUUAUCGCACAGAUCCAAGCCUGGCAUAUUUUCUACAAUGAGGGCAAGCAUGGCCUUCUGUUUGAGCUAUUUCAAUUCAUGUUACGAAAUCUGUUUUUGGAUUUCUUAUUGCUGAAAUCAUGCCCUAGAUGAUUUGGUGCUUCUAAGCAUGGCUGGGUCGAAAAGACUAGAUGAAAUUUCAAUUUGUGUAUUUGAAGGUUAAAAAGUAUGGCUUCCUUGUUUUGUAAACUUUGGCAUAUUCAAAUCAAUUUCUUUUUGUUCCUAAAA